AUGCCAUCCCUCGUUCUCUACGCCUUUGCGACCGUCGCAUUCCUCUUCACAACCACAACAACCGCCUUCCCUCUCUUCGCACAGGAUAUCCAAUGGUCCUUUGACCUCUAUGAAUCAAAAGCGUGCAACGGUACAGGCGAACUCCACGCCGGCAGCGGGAGCACCGGCUGUCGCGCCGACCUAAACACCCUCGCCGCGGGCUACACUCUGGACACGGUUGCGGACGGGUGCCGCAUCGAGUUCUUCGAUAAUACUAUGUGCGAUCGGAAUGAGAUCUUUGACGUUGCAGGGCCCAUGACGAAGACGCAGAUGUGUCUGGUUCCUCAUAUACAUCGCCGGUAUGCGUCUUAUCAGGUUACUUGUGAGAAGGUUGAGGUUUAA